UCAUCAUCCGGUCAUGUGUUAAAAUUGAGGUCGAGUUGGCAAAUAUGACUUGAUGAUUUGCACCACCAGGUUCAUCAAACUUUCCAAACCAAGUGUCCAGAUCACCCCACGUACCCCCCUACAAAAAAGCAAGCAGUCCCAACACUAUCACCUUUUACUUCAUUUGAGCCUCAGAUGAUGCCUCAUCUAUAAAACCAUGCUCACCCAUGCAGAUCAAACCCUCAAAGUACUCCAUGGAGAAUCGCCGGAAAAGAAGUAUCUCCGGUGAAAGGUUCUCGUUUCCGAGCACUCCUGGGGCUGAAGACCAAGACUCCGACUUCGAGUUUGGUUCUGUUACACCGGACUCGCCCUCUACCGAUCCCUUCAAAAACUCUCCUGCUGACUAUUUGUUCUUCAAUGGCCGGCUCUUACCACACGCUUUUCCUAUUCAAUCAGCAGCCAAUAUCAUCAUCGACAGCUCUCGUGCAACGAGCCGAACAAGCAGCAUUAGCAGCAAGGACUCGCUGAGGUCGUCGAGAAGUAAUAGCACGAAUAGCAGCAGCAGUAGUCCAAGGACAAGCGCGAGUGAUAAUUCUGAGCGAAGAUUGUUGUAUCAGAACAAAGUUGCAUCCAAAGCAAGUACUUUGGUUAGAGAUCAUAAUGGAUACCAAGCUGGCAAUAAAGCUCUUUCAUCUCAAGUAUAUGGCCGGUCUUCUCAAAGGUGGCAAUAUAUUACAGUGCCUGUACCCAUUUUGACUCGCGAGCCUUCGCGUAGAAAGAAAAUGGAGAUGGUGGGGAAGAAAUUAAGACCAAAGAAACAAGCCGAGGAGAGGAAAGGAGCAAGCUUGUGGCUUUUCGCGAGAUUCUUCUGGUGGAUCGUCUCGGCCUGCAAACAAUGCCAUGCCAUGGAACCGUCGAGGAAAGAUCAUGUAUUACAAGGAAAUAUGGAGUUAGAAUAACUUAUCCAUUUCAAGCUUGUCUUGUAAUUAGUUUGGUUUUUAGUAUCAUGUCGCUAGGCAUAGUGAUUUGGUUUGCUUGGUUUUGAAACUGAUGUGAGAAACAAAAGUACUUCCGAGAUCCGAGAGGAGAUUGGACGUCAUUAAUUGGCGUGUUAAUGAUUUUUGUUUUAGUUUUUUACAUCAUUAUUAAAAUCACUAAGUACCCAAGAGCACCUGUAAAGGGUUGUAAACUAACGUGAUUGCUGUAACUGCGGUUGCUUUGGAGGAAGAUGAUUGUGGUAUGUCGGGUUUUUCUUUUACAAAA